AUGCCUGCCAACCACAUUAUCCUCGCCUCGGGCGCCGUCGUUGCCGUCUCGGCCGUCGUCGCCGCCGCCAUCGCCAUCUACGAGUCCCCCGAGGUGCGUCGCUACACCGACGACGUCCGCCGCCGCAUCGCCAUUGCCCUGCAGUCCCUCGGCGACGGCAUCAACCCGCCCCUCCGCGAGCCCCGGUAUAACAGGCCCGAAGACGCCGAGGGCUUCCUCGAGUCGCGCCGCGGCGCCGGCGCCGAGCCGGGCGUCGACGCUGACGAUGCCACCCGUCGCAGCCAGCGCGAGGAGCUCAUGUACUGGAACGCCGUCCGCCUGCGCAAGCAGCUCGAGGACGGGCUCGCCAGGCACGCCGCGCAACAAGGCGAUGCUGCACCGACCCCGGCCGCCAUCGAGGACCGCCCGCGACCGGAUCGGGGCACCUCGUUUGAUGACUUUCUGAAGCCGGCACACAGCGAGGAGACGGGCGCGUUUGUCGUCAGUGGUGUGCAGGCAAACGAGGGUACGGGCCAGCUCCGCCACCGCGCCCGUGGCUUCUCCGCCGCUGCCGUGUACUCGAACCCGUUUGGGGACGAGCACCAUAUCGAUCCGCAGGAACUCGGCGACAUGGGCCUCGGAACCGGCCGCCUGAUGCAGGAAAGCCACAGCGACAUUUAUAGCGCCACCACGCGCGAAGAGGACCGCCAGACAGAGACAACCGCCACCGUCGAGGCCUCGUCGCCCUCGCUCAUCGACUUUGGCACCGAGACGGUGCCGCAUCCCGCGGCUGCGCAGAGGGACCUCCAGCAGCAGGUUUCUGCCGGCCACGUCCCGGAGGAGGCCUAUUCGUCGAUACAGGCGUGGGCGCGCGACUCGGGCUUCUACUCCCCGCUGCCCGUCACGCCGCUCGGACCCGUCUCCGAGGCCGAAGUGCUGAGCGACGGCGAGCUUACCCCGACUGACUCCGUGUCCAUUAUCGGCUCGGGCGAGGACGUUGCUCACGUGGGCGCGAGUGGCAUGCCGUUUGAUGUCCUGAGCGAGACGGACGGCAUGCUGACGCCUGCGCAUAGUUGGUCCGAGGUGGGUAGCCAGGUGAGCGAGAACGAGUACGCACAAGCCCACCACGCAUAA